GUGGAGGGUGACACAGAAAUGCACUGCUAAAUUCAUUAUUUGUGAGAGGCAUUGCAGUAAUUCAGGCGUGUCUUGCUCUAUUUAGUGACUGGAUUUACAGGACAAUUGGACGCAGAAAACCAGCAAAAAGGUUUUGGAGAUGUUGGUUUCAAUGUUAACAGCUCUCUACAUGAUGAUGAGACUAGCUGAACAGCUAGGUGUCAGGUGGGUUCGACAGCAGGAUGCUUUGCCCUACAUGGUGUCUCAGCCACUACCCUGGCAGGUUCAUUACGUCUCCCAUAGCCGAAGAGGAAGCAAAGCAGAAGAGUAUGAAGGUCAGAGAAGAAACAGUAUGGGUGUGUAUAGAAAAAAUUCAACUUCCAGCAAUGGACAACCAGUCCCAGCCAGCCCCACAUGUGCAGACAAGGCAGCUGCUACUAUUCAGCACCAGUACAGGAAGUACCAGCAGAAGAAGCAUAAGCAGACAAAAUGAAGGAGCAGCAGCCAGA